AUGAGUGAAUAUGACCUAUACGAAGUCUUGAAAGUCAAUCCUACGGCAUCAUUGGAAGAAAUCAAGCGCAGUUACCAUUCCUUAGUCAAGCAAUGGCAUCCUGAUAAACUCGACUGUAAUUCAGCAGAGAAUGAUGUAGCCUCCGCUAUAUAUGACAGAAUCGAUAAAGCAUGGCAGACUCUAAGUAAGGACGAAUUACGCAAAAAGUACGAUCAACAAAGGAGAGAAGUAAAAGUAAGGCAGGAAUACCCCAUUAAUGACGAUAUCGAUAUCGAUGAUAUGGAAUAUCAUGAAGAUGGCAAUUAUUCCUAUGAUUGUAGAUGUGGAGGGUGUUACAUUAUAUCGGAAAAUAACUUGGAAGCUGGCAUCGAUAUUGCUCCAUGUUUCAUGAAUAUUGAGAAGCAGAUAACAAAUCCUUUAGUAUUUAUGGCCAAGUAUUUUUGUUUUCAUUAUGCUUGGAAAGCUUUUAAUAUUUGA